CUCGCCAGCUUGCCAGAUCGCCACCCGAACCUUCCUACCAACUACCGAAUCUUACAUGUCCGCUCCACUCUCUUUUGCUCAGAUAUUAUUCUUGCCACUAUUUUGUGCAUUUGCGUGUGUGAUACAACACCAGCAUCUACACCAGCAUCAUUCCUCUCCAGUCUCCAUACUCCAUACUCUCCAUCGCCCAUCACCUACAAUCAAUAGUCAAUAUUUAAUUAUUAUCAUAAAUUUCUUUUCAUUUAUUGUCUUUCGCUUAAAUAUUAACUGAUAACAAGCAAAUGUGAUUCUGUUGUAACCAACCGAGGACAUGAGUUUAUUUGGACACGUAUCUAUCAGUCCACUUAAAGUAAAAUAUAAUAAUAAUUUAAAAUAAAAAUGUGAGUUUCGUCAUGUUGCUUUGGAGUGAAUUGACCAAAUAGCAGACGCCAUUGUUGUGAUUGGUGAAAACCAGUACAGAGACAAACCAGGGAGUUAAGGGGCACUGUACUGCCGCUAUCCACUGCUAUUCACAAUCCGGUGUGCACAUGUGUGAUGUGUGUUGGUGCUGCUGUCGGUGCCCAAGACGACGUAGUUUUUCGUCCAAGUUAAAUAUUCUUAUUUAUAUUACGCAUGCGUAACUACUGCCACGACUCGUUUCUUCGUUCAAAAUUUUCAAAAACAAAAGAAUCAUACGUUAACGCAAAUUAUUUAACCAACGGUACUUUAUUUUCGGCGAAUAAUCAUUCAGCAUCAUUACUUAUCAUCAAAUACUUUGUCCUGCUACUCGGUGAUUUACAACCACCGGCUGCUAUUCCGACUCCAAGAUAAAAGACAACCUUUUUUAUUUCAAUAUAUCGAAUAUUUUUUACACUUAAUUUUUUUUACGUGCACCUGUCUGAUUGGUUGUGAUAUUAUUUAAAUAAGUGUGCUUAAUUUAUUUAUGAUAAUGUCAUUUUAUAUAUUUUCAUUGUUUUGUUUAUUUAUUUUAUCUGGAUAAAGAGUAUCGUGAUAACACGGAUUGGAGCACUGGUACGUGGAGCUGCUGAUGGACUCUUACAAAAAUUAUAAACUUUUUUUAAAUUAAAUGAAUAAAUAAAAACUGGAGCUCAGAUUCAUUUAAUUGUCUGAUGGAUAAAUUAAUGCAAGGUAUUAAAACAAUAAUUAUUAUUUAAAUAAUAAUAACAAUAAUAAUAAAAUUGAUUGGUUGGCUAAAUGUACGAGUUUGAAAACGAGAGACUUAUGUCAGAAACUGCUGAGGAACGGGCGAUCAGACUGUACACGGCAGCAGAGAGGAUGAAGAAUGUCAGAGCCAAGGAGUCUGAGGACCAGGCAGCUCUCAGGAGGAUGCAGGAGGCCCAGAGGAUGGCCAGGCAUCGGGCUAAAAAGAAACGAUGCCUUGAUGAAAACCUGGCCAGGGAAAUUUCAAAAAUUGCUGAGUUGUCGAAGAUGCCGGACGCAGCGACUAUUGCACAGAUGUCGGAGAUGAACAUGAACAAAAUAUCUGCUGAGUUGAAGCAGAUGAUGGAGCGGGGCAAAGUUCCUGAGCAUAUUGUCCAGAUGGCCCAGUUGGCUGAGUUCAGUAAAAUGACUGAGUUGAAUAAAAUGUCUCAGGACAUGGCCAAGAGGUACGAGAUGGAAAAAAUGGCCGAGUACGCCAAGACAACUGAGUACAUCAAGAUGCAGGAAAUUGCCAAGAUGUCUGAGUUGGCCAAAAUGAAUGAAAUGGUUAAAUAUUCAGAGAUGGCUAAGUAUUCAAAUGACAUUUCCAAGAUGAAUGAAAUAGCAAAGAUGAAUGAGAUGAUGAAAAUAUCACAGAUGGCUAAAAUAAAUGAGGUCCAGCGAAUGAAUGAAAUCGCAAAGUUGAAUGAGAUGGUGAAGAUGACGGAAAUGGCUAAAUAUAACGACAUGAGUAAGUACAAUGAGAUCGCACAGAUAAAUGAAAUGGCCAAGGAGUUUGUUAAAAUGAGCGAGAAAUCUAAAAUGAAUGAGAUGAUUAAAAUGGCUAAUAUGCAGAAUGAUAUCACCAAGAUGCCUGAAUACUCGAAGAUGGCUGAGAUGGCGAAACUUACUGAGCUAGCUAAACUCAAUGAGAUAACAAUAACUAAAUUAAAUGAUCCACCACAACCUGUGUCCCAUCAUCAACAUCAGCAACACCAGCAGCAGCAUCAACAACACCAGCAACAUCAGCAGCAUCAACAGCAUCAGCAGCACCAGCACCAACAUCAGCAUCAACAACACCAGCAACAUCAUCAACAGCAUCAGCACCAACAGCAUCAACACCAGCAGCUACAACAGCAGCAACCACCACCUCCGCCUCCACCGCCGAAGCAAGAAAUUCCCCGGAUCCCGGAGCCCGUUAUCACGGUACCGAAUCCCAGAAACCUGCAAAAUGCCCAGUCUGCCCAGGUACAAAAUGUACAGGCGAGUCCUUCGAGUACUAUUAAUUUUCCCUCAGUACCAGGUCAAGGAAAGUACGCCCAGCUGCUAGUGAUUAUUGAAGAACUCGGCCGCGAUAUUCGUUUAUCGUAUGCUGGGAGUCGCAGUGCCGCUGAGAGGCUAAAAAUGGGCAUCCAGCACGCGAGGAUUCUCGUCAGAGAGUGUCUGCUGGAGACAGAACACAAUGCACGGCAAUGAUCUUCUGACUAUCAUUUACUAGAUAUAGGAUAGUUUAUUAUAUUUUUAAAUUCUUGGGUACAAAGAGUCUCAUUUUUAAUUAAUUUCUUUAGUUAAUUAAUUUAGGUGAUAUUUUGGCUGAUAAAUUUCUCAUGUAAUGGGAUUUUUUAUGCCAAGUAAAAUAAAAAUAUUUCGGUGAUAUUUUAAAAGUCAAAAUUUUUUUUUUAUUUAAAAUAAAUACAUAAUUAUUAUUAUUAAUAUAAAUAUUAAUGUGAUUAUUAUUUCUGCGAUUAAAAUUAGUGAGACUUUUUGUAUAAUUAAAUACCAUAGUUCAGGUAUAAAAUGAACUUGGUAGUAUUUUUAAAUGGAAGUGUCUUAACUUCCGCGUGAGUACUAUUAAUUUAUACUAAAUGAAAUAAAAUUAAAAUAAUUGAAAGGAAUGAGCUAAUUAGUAAGAUAUAAAAAAAAGUGCAAACUAAUUAUUUUACAUAAAAAUCUUUUUAAUUAUUACGGUAUUUUAUAAUUUUUCAACAAUAAUUUAGCUUGGAUACGCUUAUCAUCCGUAAGGAAAAUCAAAAAUUUGAUUUUAUUUAAAUUUUAUUAGGGUUAAAAAAAUUUUGUGAUGUCUCAUUAUUUUGAAUUUUUAAAAUAAUAAAAAAGGUGAUUUUUACAAUCAAAUGUAUAAAAAUAUUUUGGCAACUUUUUAAAAUUGAGCUGGAAUCUAAAGUUAUUUUUGUGCUAAAAAUAAACGAAUCUCGAUUUUAAUAUUUUUAUUGUUAAUUAGAUAUAAGUUCAUUAUUAAUAAUUAAUUAAUUAUAUAUUUUUUUUACUUAAUAUUUUUAAAAACACUGGUGGAUUUAUAACAAAUUACUGUACUUUUAUUUUUAAGAACUCUAAGCACUUUACAUCCAUUGUCUUUACAGAUAUUGUUUUUAAAAUAAUUAAAUUUUAAAUUGUCAAGCAGGAUUUUUAAAAAUA